UUUCUCAAUCAAUUUAAUGAAAACUUAAGAAAACGACAAAAUAGAACAAGAAAAAAAAGAAAAAAUUAUUAAAAAAGUUUCAGGUUGGAGACCUUCUAAAAUUACAUCAGCUUCUCCUCUGAUUUAAGUUGAUUAUGAAAUAAUUUUGACUGAAAACUCGGAGGCAUUUUUUGUACAACAAGGAAUCAUUCUUAAUAUGUAAAAAGUUAUUGAAAACCUUAUAAUUAGUAAAAAAAUGGAAGAUGCAGAAGACUAUGAAAAAUUUUUAAAUUUAGAAAUGAUAGAAAAAUUAGAGUGGAAGGGAAAGUAUGAUGAACAAGGAUAAAGAUUUGGGAAGUGGAAGGGUUAUUGGGCAAAUGAAUAAACUAAGUUGGAGGGAAUUUACAAUAAGGGAUAAAAAUUAGGAAUAUGGAUAGAGCCAUGGUAAAACUAUUGGAGGUAUUUAUAAUUAAAUUAUUUAAUAAGUGGCUGCAUAGUGACUUUUGAAGGGUAAUACGAUGAGAUUGGCCGAAAAGUUGAAAAUUGGAAGUAUAGGAAUGAAUAAAAUGCUGAACUGUUAAAACAAAAUUAAAUAUAUCUAGUGGUGGUGGUUAUUUUAAUAAUGAUGGUUUAAAAAUUGGAAUUUGGAAAGAGUUACAUAUAAGUUAUAAUGAAAAGUUUAACUUUUUAUUUUUCUUUAGUUUAAAUCAAUCAACAAUAAGAGGUUUGUAUAAUAAAGGAAUCAGAUAAGGAGAAUGGGUGAUAGAAUAUAAUAAUAAAUAUAUGUAAAAAAAAUAAGUAUAUUACUAAAAUUAGAGGAGGAGGAUAAUAUGAUUUUAAUGGGUAGAAAAUAGGAAUGUGGACUGAAUAGAUAGAUAGAUUUUGGAAGUAGAUUUUAUUUUAAUAAAAUAUAAAAGCCAUAAUUAAUCUACAUUAAGUGGAAGAUAUAAUAAUUCAGGAAUGAAAAGUGGUUAAUGGGAAAUAUAUUGGUACUGGAAUGGAAUAAACAAAAAAAUGUAAACAUAAAAUCUAAUAAUAAUAGAGGUGGAGGUUAUUAUAACGAUAAAGGUAAUAAAAUUGGGUAAUGGAUUGAAUAAAUUGAUGGAUUUUGGAAGUAAUUUUUUUACUAUUUAAUCUAUAAAAAUUUAGCUAUAAUUAAACAACAUUAAUUGGAAAUUAUAGUGAAUAAGGAAAGAAAACAGGAAUUUGGGAAAUAUAUUUUUUAGAUUCUUUUAGUAAUAAACCAAAUAAUAGAAUGUAAUUUAAUAAUUAUGACUAAAUUGUAUUAAUAGAGGUGGUGGCUAAUAUAAUGAAGAAGGUAUUAAAAAUGGAAGAUGGGAAGAGAUAAGUGAUGAAUAUUGGAGGUCAAAUUUAUUAUUAUUAAAAACUUUAGCUAUAAUUAAUCUAUUUAUAUUGGAGAAUAUAAAUAAGGAUAGAAAAUUGGAGUAUGGGAAUUAAUUUUUAAGGAUUAUAUUACAGCUAAUUUCCAAAAGAUGUAUUAAAAUAAAUAAUUAUCUAGAGGUGAUGGUGAAUAUGAUUAGUAAGGAAUCAAAAUAGGAUUGUGGGUAGAAUAAGUUGAUGGAUUUAAUUAGUUUUAAAUAUUAUUUAUUCAUAGCUGGAAUUAAUCGAUAAUAAGAGGAACUUAUAAUAAUUAAGGAAUAAAAGAAGGAAAAUGGGAGAUAAAUUGGAAUUGGAAUGGGGAAACUUAUAAGAUGUAUUAAUAAUUCUUAAUAUUAAACAAAUUUAUUAAAGUGGUGGUGGAUAGUAUGAUGAUUUUGGACAUAAAACUGGUGUAUGGAUAGAGUAGAAAGAUGAUUUUGAAUGGUAUAUCAUAUAAAGAAUUUUUAUAAUUAGUUCAAAAAAAUAUAUUUUAGAAGGGGAGUAUCAUUAAGGAAUCAAAUUAGGAUAAUGGGAAGAAAGUGAAAUUUUAUGAUGAUAAAUAAACAUAUUAUCAAAAAAAAUAAGAACGAUUAUUACAGAUAAAUUAUAACAAAAAUAAACAAC